UGAUGACGUUUACCGCAUCUAAUGUUCCCAAAUAAUGAAAAUAAACGAUCUUUUUUAUUUCACCGAACAAAAUAAGCGAAGUUGAUACAGCAGAAUGACGUUCCAGGGAUCAUUUGAACAAUUCUUUAAACCGCCAAAGAAAAAGACAAUCAAUGACCAGUUCUCGCUGCCUGAACGUAAAGCGAAAGUUAACCAGCUGGUGAAGACGAUUGAAAAUGUGGACGAUCCUGACACACGAUACUGCAUCUGUAGAUCCACCGAUGGCACACGUUUCAUGAUAGCGUGUGACAACUGUGAGGAAUGGUAUCAUGGCGACUGUAUCGGCAUCACGGAGACUGAUGCCAACGACAUCAAGCAGUACUACUGUGGAAGAUGUAGAGCGAAAGAUCCAAGCCUUAAGACGAGGUACAAGCACAAGAAGGUGAAAGAAAAGACGGAAAAGAAGAUGGAGAAGCUGCUGAAACCGGAGAAACUGGACAUGGAGGCACUUCAGUAUAAGGGGAAACUACGUGAACCAGAGUUUACAGACGACAAGGGGAAGAAGAAUACCCGUCGCUGUGGGGAGUGUCCGGCGUGUCACAGAAACGAGGAUUGUGGGAGAUGUGACUUCUGUAAGGACAUGAAGAAGUUUGGCGGACCAAACAGAAUCAGACAAAAGUGUCGGCUGAGACAGUGCAGUAACUUUAUUUCAGUUGCUGGCAUGAAAACAAAAGGCCUCAUUACAAUCAAAGAAGGAAGUGAUUCCGUGGCCUCCCCUCACGUUGAUACAGCCCAGUUCUCCUCGCCAGAUAGGCCCGAACCUAUUGUUAGAAAAGAACAUACCAGCUCCAUAGAAAAAAGUGACAAGAAGCGUAAAAAGAAAGAAGGGAGAGAUGACACACCCAGAAAGAAAUACAAGGACAAGAAAUCACCUACCAAGAAAAAACAGAAGAGUCACCAGCAUAAGGGAGACCACUCUCACCGUUACCGACAGGAAGUUGAUGAGGUUGAAGAGCUCCAGGAUGAUAUGCCACACCAAUGUCUCGGGCCGAGCUGUAUGAACCACACACGACAGGGAUCAAAGUAUUGCUCGGAUGAAUGCGGCAUGAAACUAGCAAAAAGUCGAAUCUACGAACUUCUGCCUCCCAAGAUCCAACAGUGGCAGAGCAGCCCGUGUGUAGCCGAGGAGCGAAAUCGACGCACGCUCGAUAAAAUCCGACGGGAACAAAUGGAGGCUCGACAGAGACUAAUGGAGCUUGAUAUGAAACAUAAGGAGCUUGAUGCCCUUGUUGAGAAUGCGAAAAACGUAAAGGCAGAAUCGGAUAACGAACAGGCUUCUGAAACAGAGGAUGACACGGAGUAUAACCUGUUCUGUGUAACGUGUGGCCACGAAAUCAGCCAGAAGACUGCUCUUAAACAUCUCGAGAAGUGCUUUGCAAAGUUUGAGGCUCAGACCUCAUUUGGCUCAAUAUACAAGACGCGUAUCGAGGGUAGCUCCAUGUUCUGUGACUUCUACAACAGCCAGUCUCGGACCUACUGUAAACGCCUCAAGGUCCUCUGUCCAGAACAUACCAAGGAACCUAGGGUAAGCGCAGAGGAAGUUUGUGGGUGUCCACUAGUCACCGAUGUGUUUGAGGAGUCGGAGGAAAUUUGUCGCACAGCAAAGAGAAGAUGCAACAAACACCAUUGCUGGGAGAAAUGUCGCCGUGCUCAGGUCGAUAUGGAGCGAGUUAGACAGUGGAUGAAAAUAGAUGAGCUAUUCGAGCAGGAACGAAAUGUCCGGUUUGCCCUUUCCAACCGUAUGGGCGUACUGGGCCUUAUGUUACAUCAGACGGUGGACCAUAAUCCUCUUUAUCCAAUCAGUGUGCCAGAUAUUGACUGAGCGGCUGUGCCAAGUGUGCCCGAUAUUGACCUUGUGGGUGUGCCAGAUAUUGACUGAGUGGCUCUGCCAAGUGUGCCCGAUAUUGACCUAGGUGUGCUUUGUGACAUGACUAUGGUUGAAGUGUGCCGUUCAUUUACAGAGGCAGGUAGUCUCUCAUAUGCCAAGUGCUUUUUGUUGUCCAAGUGUGCUGUAAAUUCAUAGAUGUGAUUUGACUAGAGUUUUCCGUGGAUCUAGAGGCUUCAGGGACCAAACAAAAAACAUGCCAAUUUUGCUUCUGCUACAGGGGGCCUCAACCCAUUUGACCCUCCUUGGGGGGCUAAAAGAGCCCCUACAAUCCAUCAGCCCUUCUGCUGCCAGGUCAAUCACACCCCUGAUAUUGAUAUGACGAUUAUUAUCUACUUUGUUUAUCAAAAAAACAUAGUGAACCCAAGUCUAUGUGGAUUUGUCUAAGGUCUCUCCAUUGGUUUCACAGUUAUAAAUGUGUAUUGACUGAGGGUGGGAGGGAGUCGCCAGGGACUAUUCACCAGGACAAUUAGCUUUACAAAUGAAUUAAAAUGUCAAUAACGCAGUCAAAAUAUCACUCAGAAACAUGAUUUAAUGAAUCCUGAGAUUCACAUUAUAUAACAAGUAGAAAAAAUGUUUUGGGGAAAAUAACAGGUUCUGGCCCUUUGGGAAGUAGCCAGGUAUUGGCUACAGCAAAAAAGGGUAGAAAGGCCCUGAUCGCUGCAAUGUGGUUUGAGGACUUCACUAAAUCAUGAUUUGUCAACUAUCAUUGGGGUAGGGGAGGGAAAGAUUUUCUUCUGAUGGGCUUCUAAUAUAUCUUAACUAUGAGAUGAAAAAUGAAUUUAAAUAAAAAAAAAAAAAAUGGAAAGACUGUCAUAACCUUUUUAGCUCGUUUGAAAGAAAUCUUUCAAGGUUUUCCACUUAAAAUGAUCCCAUGAGAUGGAAAAAUGAAUGUUUAAAAUUAUUAAAAAUAAUACAAAGAAAACUGCAGUGACAAGGCUAGUAGUGGAAAAAACAUUGAUCCUGUUUAUAGGCAAGAGAAACAAAUGUAUAAACAACACCACAAACAGACCAUGAUAAGCCUUGAUGAAUCUUAACUGCAGUUUAUGUGGUUAUGUGAUGUGUUGUUUUUUCUGUUAAAGUGCUGUUGUAUGCACCUUUUAAAGAAUUGUUUUCUUAUUUAUCACCGCAGAAGGAUUAAUAAAUCAUAAUUUAUAUACUGUUGUACAAGUGAAGAUGAUUCUAAUCAUUUUCAGCUUGUCUGAUUUUGUGUGUGUUUUUGUAGAAAUCACAUUCUGACAUUGUCAUAGCCCUGAUGUCUGUGCCAUGCAAAAAAAUUAACCUUGAUAAAAAUUGUAGCUGAAAAAGAAAAUGCUGAAAAUAGCGACAUGAAACUUGGUACAUAUGCUUACAAUUAAAAUUAGCAUAUAACUAGUAACUUUCAAAAUUCUGGGUGAUAUUUCUGAAACUGAAAGCAAACAAUAAAAACAGGUGAGCGUUGACAUCUGCUAAUGGUUCUCUUGAGUCUUGUUAAUUCCUCCUUUUUGUGAGAUAGUGCAAAAGGUUUUUCCUCUUUUUUUGAAAUAGUGUAAUGGUCACCUGAAUUGCAUUUCAGUGCCUGUUUCGGCAUUUUUUAUGCAAAUUUCCCGACAGGUCCAUGCUAUAUGAGAUCGUUUGUGUCACUCUUGGCUGCGAGGCCUGUUCUUGUAUUUUUUUUCGACAUGUUCAUUGACCAUGUUGACGCAAAUGAGGAGCCUAUCUUGCUAUGCCUUGCAUUUUUUUUCUUUUUUAGCUCACCUGAGUGUAAAGUGUUUGUUGUAAGCUAUUGACAAUGCUCAGAGCAGGUUGCUUAGUAACCCUUCCUUCAGAGAUAUAUGGUCAUAUCAACCACACUUAGUACAGU